CGGGGCGGGGCUCCGGGCCGGGCGCUCAGCGCCAUGAAGGACUGCGAGUACCGGCAGAUCCCGCCCGGGGUAGCGGUCCCGGCGCCCGGUGCGGUCACUGCGCCGCCUCCGUUACCCACCGGCUCGGAGCGGCCGGGCGCCGCCCGUCGUCCCCGGCGGAAGUGGGAGGUGUUCCCGGGCCGCAACCGUUUCUACUGCGGCGGGCGCCUUAUGCUGGCGCGGCACAGCGGCGUCUUCGUUCUCACGCUCGGCCUCAUCCUGGCCACCAGCGGCCUCUUCUUCGCCUUCGACUGCCCCUUCCUUGCCAGCCACCUCACCUUGGCCAUCCCCAUCAUUGCAGCCGUCCUCUUCUUCUUUGUCAUCAGCUGCCUGCUGCAGACCAGCUUCAGAGACCCAGGGAUCCUGCCCAGAGCCACCCCCAGCGAGGCUGCAGACCUGGAGAAGCGAAUCGACAGCAUGGGCACCUCCACCUACCGGCCCCCGGCCCGCACCAUGGAGGUGGUGAUCAACAAGUACGUGGUGAAGCUCAAGUACUGCUACACCUGCAGGAUGUUCCGGCCGCCGCGCACCUCCCACUGCAGCGUCUGCGACAACUGCGUGGAGAGGUUCGACCACCACUGCCCCUGGGUGGGCAACUGCGUGGGGAAGCGCAACUAUCGCUACUUCUAUGCCUUCAUCCUCUCCCUCUCCUUCCUGACCGCCUUCAUCUUCGCCUGCGUCGUCACCCACCUCACCCUGCGCUCUCAGAGGGAUGGGUUCCUCACCACCCUGAAGACAACACCUGCAAGUGUGCUGGAGUUGGUGAUUUGCUUUUUCUCAGUCUGGUCUAUUCUGGGCCUCUCAGGUUUUCACACUUACUUAGUGGCCUCCAACCUGACAACCAACGAAGAUAUCAAAGGGUCCUGGUCGAGUAAGAGGGGCUCAGAGUUUGCCAAUCCCUACAGCCAUAAGAGCAUCCUCACAAACUGCUGUGCAGUGCUGUGUGGACCUUUCCAUCCCAGCCUCAUAGACAGAAGAGGAUUUAUCCAGCCCGAGGCCGGGACCCCCUCCAGCCCCCGGAGUGAAAUCCCUUCCUUUGGAGCCAAAACUGACACCAGCAUGGAGGAUGCCUGCCAGGACUUUGCCAUUUCCUGCACAGCCUGAUGGGAUUUGCCCCUCCUUGGACCUUAGCCCUGCUCUCUGAGGGUUAGCUGAGCCCUGGCCGCCCGCAGCCCUCUGCCUCUGGCGGAGCAGCCCAGGGGGAGCCAGGACACGGCGGGCAGCAGCCGAGAGACCUCAGCCAUGACCACCACGAGUGCCUCCCCGGCCAGGGCUCUGCUCCCUGACCCCGCCGCCGCCAGCGAGGGGGGCAAGGGGCCGUGCCCGAGGAAGAGCUUCUCCAGCCCCGCUGCGGGAGCCGAGAUGCCCUCCCGUGGGCUCCCAGCUCAAAGCCAUAGCGCUGCGACCCUCCCCCAGCGCAGCACCGGAGCGCCGCCGGCUCCUGCUGCCGGCCGGACUCCAGCACCGAGGCUCCCUGCAGGCAGCAGCCUCAGCCGCGGGGAAGGAUCUUCCCUCCUGGCGGUGCUGGGAGGCAGGGACCAGCGUUCCGGAGGGCUUUGGGAACCAGCAGGCUUCACUCCAGAGCAUUUGCAGCCGAGCUGGUAGCAUC